GGAAGGAUCGUGAUUCUCAAGGACAAGCUCUAUAUGCGCGCCUUGGACAAUGGAAGAGGAAUGCCACCUAGCAAUGAUGAGAUCCGCGUGAGACUCAGUAAGAACCUGCAGUAUGUUCCCUUCUGUGCAGAUUUUGGGCCGAACAACCUCGGAGUUGUUUUGCACUUCUGUUCUUCCAUUAAGCAACUGCUGCAAAAGCAGACCAACAAGAAGAGUGAGAUCGUCUUUGUGUACAACCCACAGCUGGAAGACUUCACCAACUCCAUCUUUCUGCUCGGAUCCUUCCUCUGCCUCUACCUCGAUGCGACAGCAGACGAGGCAUGGGAACCUUUCCAUCAGAUCAAGAACGGCAGGUUCUUAGACUACAGGGAUGCGACAUGGGUCAAGAGCACCUUUGACCUUCACAUUCAAGACUGCUGGGAGGGGCUGGUCCAUGCAGUUCGGCAUAACCUUCUGGCGGUGGACGACUUCGAUGUGAGGGAGUACUUCUACUAUGACAACCCUCAGAACGGCGAUCUGCACGAGGUUGUGCGGGGUAAGUUCAUCGCUUUCAAAGGCCCUCGAGAUGACUGCCAGAAACAAGAUUUCUCCGUCCACCCCACGACCUACAUUGAUGUAUUCAAAUCCAAGGGAGUGAAGGCUGUGAUCCGUCUCAACAUCGAGGAGUACGACAAGCGCACCUUUGUGAAAGCCGGCAUCGCCCAUCACGAUCUCUUUUUUGUGGACUGCACAACUCCGUCGGAUGACAUCGUCCACAAGUUCCUCACGAUUGCCGAGGAUCCCUCGAGUGGGGUUGUCGCAGUGCACUGCAAGGCUGGUCUGGGCCGCACGGGCACGCUCAUUGCCCUCUACCUCAUGAAGCAUUACUUGUUCACCGCCCGUCAGGCUAUCGCGUGGGUUCGCAUCUGCAGGCCGGGAAGCAUCAUCGGGCCGCAGCAGCACUACCUGGUGCAGCAGGAGAAGAGGAUGCAUCAGCUGGGGAAGUCUGGUGUGCAGGGCCUUGGGAUCACCGUCUCUGACGAGUCGAAGCAGCAGGACCUGAGCACUGCAGACGAGCUGGCAGAAAUGAUCACCACGGGAAUGAAUCAUCGGGAUGGAAGAAGAAUGCUGUCGGCGGGCCAGAGCAGCAGGGAUGGGAAGCGAACGCUCUCCAAGUCUGUCUCCUUCAAUUUCAAUACCUCGCGUGACGUUAGCAAUGUUGAGAUCAUGGGAUCUAAUCAAGUUUCGUCCCUGGCAAGACUGAGUUUGAGGAAAGUUACCUCGGAUCCCGGCUUGCCUGCAAGCAUCAGAGGCAGCAACAUCGGGUCAUUCGGAGAUUCGAAGGAGAGAAAAAUGAAAGACACCUUGAGAUUGAGCUCAAGAAAAGGGAGAUUGUAGCAAUUUUCGAGGACAACUUGUAAUAUUUCUGUAAACUAGAAUUGUGUAGAACAUCGACAAAAAAUAUCAAACAAAUCAAGAUCAAACAAAGUUGGACCUAACCAAAACACGAAUCGAAGUAACCACACAUCUAAUAGUUGCAUAGGGCGCGCGCCCUUCUAACAACCGUCACAUAGAGAUAGUUCCCUCUGGGCUCAACGAUUCCUCUUGCU